AUGGUUUCUACUGGGAAGGCGGAUUUCUUGUCGGAGACCCGGGCUCCAACGGUAAAGGGUGUGAUGUGGGUUAUGUCGCUUGUACCUCUGGUCUUCGUCGGCAUGCGCUUGUACGUGAGGAUAUACUUGCGGAGAGUGUUUGGUUGGGACGAUGGCAUUGCGAUUGUUGCAAUUUGCUGUCUGGUUGCAUACGCUGCCGUGUGUCAUGUCGCUGCUAACCUUGGGUUGGGUCAGCAUCUGCUCCUCGUCAAAGAUAACCCUAAUAAGCUCAUGGAAGUGGGGCUACUGUGCAAUAUUGGCGAAACCCUGGCUAUCAUGGCAUGCACACUGGGAAAGACCUCUUUUGCUGUCACGUUGUUGCGCAUUGUGGUCCACAAGUGGAUGGUCUUCUUGUUGUGGUUUGUUAUUAUUACGAUGAACGUUGUCAACAUUUUGACUGCACUCUUCGUAUUCUUACAAUGCAAAGACCCUCGCCAUCUAUGGAAUCCGAUGAUCCCGUCGCAGUGUUGGCCCUCACAUGUCUUUACCAACUUUUCUCUCUUUGUUGGGGCAUACUCUGGAGCUCGGGAUUUUGUUCUGGCGUUACUACCCUGGACGAUUGUUUGGAAUUUGCAAAUGAAGAAGAAGGAAAAGUUUGGUGUGGCGUUCGCAAUGAGUCUUGGAAUCUUUGCUGGCGCAGCGUCCAUUGUAAAGACAACCUACUUGGUGGCCCUCUCAGCCAAGGCAGACUUCACCUGGGAAUUGGCUCCACUCCUUAUCUGGGCUGCUGUCGAGGACGGUCUAGCUAUUACUGCAGCAUCCAUUCCCGCACUCAAACCUCUUCUUGUCAGGCUAUUCCCCAGCUCUACGUCAGAGACCUACAAUAUGGCAGCGUAUCCACCGAAACAGCCAGUACCAAGAGUAUUUGACAAUACAGAGGGCGACACACUGACAGAUAUUGGACAUACUACCAUUCAUGACUCGGGGAGUCAGACCGCUAUACUGGACCCAGAAAUGGCAGUGCCGGCUUCUCCAAAGCUUGAGAGUAUCAAUAUGACCACUGAGGUUUUUGUGACAUAUAAUAAUCACGGCACGCAACAAAUCAAAGGUCGAGGUCUUGUAUGA